AAUGACUCCGAUUUAUAAAGUCAACUCGCUCUUAGGACUCUUUCAGUUUAUUCGUUAUUCUCGAUCGAGAACGUCACAUAGUUUUGUUUAUAUGCAAUCAUGUCGUCCAAAGUAGCCUCCCAGCAUGGCCAGAUCGUCAACAUCCUCGACCCGUCAGAGAAGCUUCGACCGGAGGCCGUUUAUGCGGGAAAAUUGGAGAGUCAGUUCAGAAAUUACUCCGAAGAUCCAACCGACCCAAUUAAGGAAAGAGUACGAAGAACUUAUCACGCGAUGCACACCAACCAAACCGUCGAUUUUGUGCGAUCUCAAAUGGCAAAGUGGCUGAAAUUCGAUAAAUUCAAAAUGAACGUUAAAGAUGCUCUCGUAAAACUGAACGAUCUCGUCGACGAGAGCGAUCCGGACACGAGCAUGCCCAACAUCGUUCACGCUUUUCAAACCGCCGAAUCCAUACGAGAAAAUCAUCCCGACUUGGACUGGUUCCAUCUCGUUGGACUUAUACACGAUCUUGGAAAAGUAAUGGCCUUUUAUGGGGAACCCCAAUGGUCAGUAGUCGGCGACACUUUUCCAGUGGGUUGUGCCUGGGCAGAUUCAAUCGUUUACAGAAACAAUAGUUUCGAGGAUAAUCCCGAUGGUCAAGAUUCACGUUACAACACUAAAUAUGGAAUUUACAAGCCCUCCUGCGGCAUCGACAAUCUGAUGAUGUCCUGGGGACACGACGAGUAUCUCUACCAAGUUCUCAAACACAACAACACGACAAUACCCGAAGAAGGUCUCGCCAUGAUCAGAUAUCACUCUUUUUAUCCCUGGCACGCGGGUGGCGAUUACCAACAUUUUACUACCCAAAAAGAUCGCGAUAUGCUUAAAUGGAUUCGAGAAUUCAACAAAUACGAUCUGUACACGAAAAGCAGCAAAGUCCCGGAAAUCAACAAAUUGUGGCCGUACUAUGAAAAACUCAUUGAUAAAUAUCUGCCGGGAAUUCUCGAAUGGUGAAAAAAAAACACUUGUCGACGGACAUCGAAAAAUAAACUGAGCCGGAACGAAAUUUUUAGCGUUUGACGUACGAAAAAAAAUAUACGAAAAUGAUUUUCUAACAAUUUUUAUCCAAAUCAAUAAAAAUACUAAUAAAUAUUUAAUAUUCAAUAA